AUGAAUGGGCUUACUAAUACUAAUGAAAUCGAUAGACAGGAGGGAGUACAGUUCGAAGGUUUAUCAAGAAAGAGUUCUUCAACAUCUAGACAAUCAACACAUCUAUUUGGUCCACCACGUAUACGUGAUAAACGAACACACUUUUAUACAAACUAUCAUCGAUAUUCUCGUCCAGACUCUGGAAAUUUCUCUAAGAUCGCCUACUCUCCAGUCGCUUUUGAUCUUCGUAUUCUAGAUGACUCUUCACUAGCAUUCAGUCCAAUUAUGAAUGUGGAUGAUGUCAUACAGAAAGGUUUAAUAGUUCGACCAAGUAAUUAUACUCAACGGGUUCGAUUAAAUGCAACAUGGUUAGAUUCAUCAAAAUCUCUGCUGGAACAGGGUAUCGACAUGCGUGGUUAUUUAUCACAAUUGGAUAAAUUAAGCUCUCCACCAGUUAGUCGGCCAGCCUCACCAGUUCGUGUGCAAAAUGAUGAACAAUUAAAACCGUCUGACAAUAACAAUACCACCAGUGAUAUCAAAGGGGAAUGCACACCUCCAAAACUUGUCCUACGCUAUAAAUAUGGAACAUUUUAUGAUUUAAAUAUUAAAUAUGAUGCUAUCCGUAUUAAUCAGUUAUAUGAACAAGCAAAAUGGUCAAUUAUCUCAGAGAUAUCCGAGGUGACAGAUGAAGAAGCAUGCCUCUUUGCUGCACUACAGGCUCAAGCGGAAUUGGCUACUGAACAAGAAGCAUUACUGAACGAUGAGAAUUUGAAGAAUAGUCAAGAGGUGAACGUCAAUGGAAAAGCUAACGGUACUCAUGAAGUAAUUGAUGGCCUCAUGGAUAAAAGUAUUGCUGAGAACUGUAAAACAAACAGGAAAAAGAUCACCUCCACACUGGUUAUCCACAAUCGUGAUAUUUCCCCACUCGGUGGAUAUCUACACACCGGCCGGCAUAUUAAAUCAUCAUCAAGACCUGUGAGCGCCGUUGAAUUGGAUAACGAAAUCGACGCUAUGCUUGAAGAGUUGUCAACAAAUUGUUUAGAGAAUUCAGAUGGUUGUCUGCCAGUGGACGGCAUCAAAACUCAACAUCGUUCCAGGCCUAGACAACGAUCUCCGCGUCCAUUAAGUUUACUGGAUAGCAUAGAUGGUCAUAGUGGUUCACUGCAAGAUGGAAUCGAUGUUGAUCCCGGUUUACCAGAAUUGAACACUUAUGUCAAGAUUUGUAAGCCUAGGAAGUUUGGCUUAAAAGUUUAUCGUCGUUACUUCAUGGCUAUCAAGCGAACUGAAUUGUUUGUUUAUAAAAAUAAAGAGGACUACCAAUCAGACAGUGACGCAGCUGAAGUAAUCUACUUACCUGGUUGUGAAAUUCAGCCAGAUUUGUGCAUUUCAUCAGAAAAAUUCAACAUUCGUUUAUACGUGCCUGUUUCACGUACAAAUCUACCUUUGUCCGCAGCAUUUGCCACUAACCAUCAGCUGGAUGAUCUGCAGGCAGACGAUGAAGAUUCCACUGUUGGUGUAAAGUUGAAACGAAGAGCUUCCUUAUUAUCCUUGACCUCAUUGUCGCAUCUAAGUAAUGUUCUCGGCAUAUCAUCGAAUGGAACUCACAACGGGCCGAUCGGUGUUGGUGGUAUCGGUGCUUUGACUGGAUCAUCGGCAGCCAUGACUGGACUAGUUAAUGAGCUUUGGUUACGUUUUCCGAAUUUAGAUGAAUAUAUGAAUUGGUUGGCGGCGUUUCGAAUUACAACGGCUGUUCAUUCAGCAGUUGCACCUAGCCUAUGUAUAGAUAUGCCGGAUGCCAAUUCAACAACAAGAUCAGUAACUCCGACGAAGAAAGCUCGAAAUAUCACCUCAUAUUUAUUGACUCGUGCAACAUUUGAUGCUGAACGUAAAGCUAUCUCGAAUCUUAUUCAUUUAAUUUCACCAGGCAGCUUUAAAACAGAUCGAACUGAUAAUAUAAAAAAACGUCUGAUCGAUAUGCUGCCUCUGAGACUAGGCUAUUUUAAAGGCUCACAAAAAACAUGGGAUUAUAGACGAGAUCAAAUGGACACUUUGUCUAGACGUUCAGCAACUAUGGCCAGUCAAGACAAACCUCCUAUCCACCCAUCUAACAAUCAGUUCAUGCAGACAAGGAAUAAUUUAAUUCAACGUGUCUCGGUUACAUAUACACAGAUACAUAAUUUGACUAGCUUACAAGCUAAACUGAAGUAUAUAAAUGCAUGGGAGCAAUUAAAGUUGCACGGGAUCGCAUUUUUCACAGCACGUAUUGAAGUCACCGUCCCAUUGAAUAGCUUGUUGGGUUCUGAGAGUUACUUACGUUCUGAUUAUGGUACAGCUGUGACAACUGGUUGGAUUCCUGGCAUAAACAGACCGUCGAAUACUGGGAAUGUGACUGUAUCAAUGAGUCGGAAGGCAGAAGCUGUUGGAAUUGGUGCAACCAGGAUUUAUCGUUGUGAUCUGACCAAUGGUGAAAUUUUAGCCAGUUGGAGAAUGUCAUCAAUUCAAGGUUGGCAUAUUAACUGGGAGUUAAGUGAACUAGUGUUGAUGUUAGCCAGUCAGUCGUAUCAUCAGCUAAGUGGUCAACAAGCCAGCAAUAAAUCUGACCAUCAUACUGGAAAGUCAACUGAAUGUUCUGGUCGUGUUAUUAUUCGACCUAUAGAUGUAUCAGUUCGUACUGUAGCUGAAUUUCUUGGCGGUUAUACAUUUCUUAAUUUAAGAGCACCAGAGAAAAAUCAAUGUCUUGCUGAAGAUACCUUCUAUAAACUUACCACUGGAAUGUCUUUACCAUCUAUAUGA